AUGUCCUACUACCAACCCAUGAUCAACGUUUUCCGCCCACAACUCACACAAAACCUCCCGGCGUACCGGUACGAGACGCUGGAAAGCCUCACACGUGACGUCCACAUCAAGGCCAUUCACUCCCACAAUGACUACUGGAGAAAAAGACCGCUUUUGGAUGCCUUGCUGUGGGGUGUAGUCAGUGUGGAAGGAGACAUCUGGCACUUUGAAAAGGGGUACACUGUCAGCGACACGGUCACGGAGACCACCCAGGAAUUCAAAAAAGACGAGAUCUACGUCGGCCACAACCAGGUGUACCUUGAGCUGAGAAACACCUUGAACGCUUUGUAUUUGGAUCCGUUGUACUACUUCUUGGACGGCGCCAAUAAGAAGUUUUCCGAGCCGAUUUUGGAGAAAACGGACUCCAAGUUUUCUGUGUUCUACGACGCCCCGGAGGUGCCGUUGUUGUUCUGGUUGGACUUGAAGACCGAGGGCCACGAGCUCUACUCUAAAUUGAAGCCGUACCUCGAGAAAUUCAUUGAAAAGGACUACUUGGCUCACUACAAUGGCGAACACGUGGCAGGUCCGGUGGUGCUUACGUUGACGGGAGACGUGCCUUGGGACGUGAUUGACCAGGAAUCGGUCUCUGGGGAGAACCGCUAUGUCUACGCUGAUUGUCCCUUGCAGAAGUUCAUGGAAGCCUCUGCCGAUGAUUGGACACGCUACGAACGUUCCUGUAAAAUCGCCAGUGCUUCUCUUGAACAAUUGCUCGGAAAGGAUCUCUAUACCCUGGCUGUUCGUGGUUCGUUGACCAAGGAGCACCAGAAGAAGCUCAAGGGGUACUUUGACAAGGCGCACGAGCAUGGCCUCAAGACGAGGAUCUGGGGCGGUGUGGAUUGGCCGAUCUACGUGAGAAACUCCCACUGGAGGACGCUUUGGGAGCUUGGCUGUGAUUUGAUCAAUGCUGAUGAUUUGCGUGCCGCAGCCACGUUGUUCUGA